GGAACUUUUAGCUGAUUUCUUCCUCCUUGGAAGUCCAAAAGCACUAGAGGAGGGGGGGGGGGGCGGGGAGGGCGGAAAACUAACUUCACAUCUGCCAGUAAUCGCGGUCUUCGUUGCGCAGAGAGAGCUCUCUCUCGGUUCGUGUUCCCCAAAGGCUGAGAGAACUUCCAAAAGGUUAAGAGUUUUGCGAGGAGGCGGUGCCGGUCCCACCUGAGCGGUCCCCGCAGGCCCUACAUAAGAGGGCAGGCUUCCUAAAGGGCUCCCACUACUGUUUCUCCCGGGUAGCUUGAGCCAGCCAAGAACGGCGGAGGGACAUGGGGAUCAUUCUGGGCUAUUGGGACAUCCGUGGGCUUGCCCAUGCAAUCCGAUUGCUGUUGGAACACACAGGAACUUCCUAUGAGGACAAGCAGUAUACACCUGGGGAAGCUCCUGAUUUUGACAUAAGUGCAUGGAAAAAUGAGAAGGAUAAGCUGGGCUUGGACUUUCCAAAUCUCCCCUAUCUGAUUGAUGGUGAGACAAAAAUCACACAGAGCAAUGCCAUCCUUCGGUACAUCGGCCGGAAACACAACAUGUGUGGUGAGAGUGAAGAAGAACUGAUCAGAGUGGAUAUGUUUGAGAACCAUAUCAUGGAUUUCCGCGUGGCUUUUGCAAGAAUAUGCUACAGCCCAGAUUUUGAAAAACUAAAGUCUGAAUUCUUGGAGCAGCUACCAGGAAAACUGAAGCAGUUCUCGCAGUUUUUGGGGGAGAGGAAAUGGUUUGCAGGAAAAAAGAUCACCUAUGUGGAUUUUCUUGCAUAUGACAUCUUGGAUCAGCAACGAAUGUUUGAACCAAAAUGCUUGGAUCAGUUCAAAAAUCUGAAGGAUUUCCUUGACCGCUUUGAGGCCUUGGAGAACAUUUCAGCCUACAUGAAUUCACACCGUUUUAUGAAAACACCUAUUUUCUGGAGAAUUGCCAAGUGGAGCAAUGAAAAAGAAUAGUGAUGGCCAUCAGCUUUGCCCAGCUGGCAGUCAAUGACCAUAUAUAUUAUAGUAUCAAAAGGAUGACUGUCUUCUGCAAUACCUAUGAUACUUAAAAUGUGUAAGAUUCUAAGGUGCCAGCUAAUAAAAUAUUUUUGUUACUAACAAAA